AUGUCGACACCAAGCUCCAACGAGCUUCAAGACCGAUCUCCUGGGAUAGCGUCGUCCGGGCGGGCUGAGAUGAAGGGCGCGAGGAACGCCUCGGCGGUGUUCAAGUGUGUGGCAUUCGACGGCCCAAGCGUGAGUUGCGGACCCGGAAUGACGAGCGUCGCGCUCACGCCCUUAAGUCAUCUGAUCGUCGACGGCAAAGAGAGCCCCGAAGCGAUGGGGAGGAUGUGGAUGGCCUUACCGGUGAAGAAGCGGGAGGUGGAUGAUAUCAGGUCGAGCUCGAGUGAGGGCGAUUUUAGGAGCACGCCCGAGACGCCGUUCCGGACUUUUUCCAGAGACGGCGUUGGCGGAAGCGACACUGAGGAGCAGGGCAGGAUGCGUGAGGCCGGGAGGAGGCCCAUCAGUCUCAGGGCCCAUGAGAGCGGGACGAUCACUUUUUGGGCACCGUGGUCGAGCCAGGCUCAAGGUCGACUGAAGUAUGUCGUCGAGGAGGAUGUACCGGUUCGUGUGCUCCGAGUGCGCAUCGUCUGGUUCGUGCAGGGUGAAUAG